AUGUCAUUCGCUAUUGUGUUCUUCCCCCACACUAAAACUAGCGGCGUUUUCCCGAUUCAAUCUCUUCCCCUGGUACUGAAACGGGAAAUGUCACUAAGGUUCGCUGGCAAGGAAGGAGUAACAAAGGAAAGUGUGAGUGUUGAUGGAGAACUGAUCGAAGACGUCUUUGACGUCUCUUGCGCCCCACCACGAGACUCGUCUCCAUGCAAUGAGGAACCCCCUCCCUCAGCAAAGGAAAGAGAGUUGAUGCUGAGGAUCGCAAGGAUGGAAGAAGUGAUGGUCGAGAUGAUGAGCUCUAUGAAGGCAAUCCAGCAUGAGAUGAGUCGCAUGUCCACUGCGCAUUCAUCGCGGUUGGACAAGUCAGAGCACAUGUUAAGGGAGCUAUUAAGAAGGAAUCCAGCUAAGCAGGCCUCAGGAAAUAUUAGUUACGAUUAUGCCUGCGAGAAGGAUGUAGCAGAAUUGAGGGAAUUGAAGGGACACAAUAAAAAUCUUUUUGUGCUUGACCUGGAGAAGACAGUAUUUGAAGAUGAGCCUGCAGAAUUAGAAAGAUUAGUCGACGACCGUAGUCGGUCGAAAGAUCGAAUCAUUUUCAUAAAGCAGGUGAAAUACAGUUUGUAA